CCAUCUCCAUCCAUCUCCACCUCCACCUCCCACCUCCCUCGCCCGCCAGCGCCACCGGCCAAACCCUAGGCUAGGCUCGCCGGCCGCCCCCUCCCAACCCCGGCCGCCAUGUCCGCCGCGCAGCUCCUCCGCCACUCCCGCAAGCUGCGGAGCUUGCGGAAUGCUGUGGACUUUGAGCGCUCCAGCCUUGCUCGAUACUUCUCUACUGGUUCUGGGUCCUCUGCCAUAAAGGAAAAUGGUGUUGAGAAAAGAAUUGGAGGCGCCAGAUUUUCUCAGUACAAGCAACCUGGGAAAGAGCUUGAGACCUUCAAGGUGUCACUAGGAGUAAACGGAAGCUCCGCUAGUAGAAGAACACUCAUCAACCGUGCCCCAAGUGCUGGUACUAGCCUCAAUGGUUCACUGUCAUGUGGGCGGGUAGCAUCAGCAAGGUCUUUCUCAAGUAGUGCAGACCUGCCACCACAUCAAGAAAUUGGGAUGCCAUCACUGUCACCUACAAUGACUGAGGGAAACAUUGCCAAGUGGCUGAAGAAGGAAGGAGACAAAGUCUCACCUGGUGAAGUUCUGUGCGAGGUGGAAACGGAUAAAGCCACAGUAGAGAUGGAGUCCAUGGAAGAGGGCUAUCUUGCUAAGAUUGUUCAGGGUGAUGGUGCCAAAGAGAUUAAAGUUGGCGAGGUCAUCUGUGUAACCGUGGAAGAAGAAGGUGACAUCGAGAAGUUUAAAGAUUACAAACCCUCGGCUGCAGAUGCGCCUGCAGCUCCUUCAGAAUCGAAGGCUACACCGGAACCUGCAGAGCCAAAAGUGGAGGAGAAAGUACCUGCCAAGGCUUCUGAGCCGAAGGCCCCAAAGGCUGAAGAAUCUUCUCGAUCUGGUGAUAGAAUAUUCGCCAGCCCCCUUGCAAGAAAAUUAGCAGAGGAUAACAAUGUCCAACUGUCAAGUGUAAAGGGUACUGGUCCUGAUGGUCGUAUUCUGAAGGCAGACAUUGAAGAUUACUUGGCUUCUGGAGCCAAGGGUGGCAAGAGUGAGUCUUUUGCAGCUUCAGGAUUAGAUUACACUGAUAUUCCAAAUGCACAGAUAAGAAAGGUUACUGCGAACCGUCUCUUAGCCUCUAAACAAACCAUCCCGCAUUACUACUUGACAGUUGACACACGCGUCGACAAACUUAUCAAGUUGCGAGGGGAAUUGAACCCACUGCAGGAAGCAUCUGGUGGAAAGAAGAUAUCUAUUAACGACCUUGUUAUAAAGGCUGCAGCCUUGGCUCUUCGAAAGGUCCCUCAGUGCAACAGUUCUUGGAUGAAUGAUUUUAUUCGCCAAUACAACAACGUUAACAUAAAUGUAGCUGUACAGACUGAGCAUGGAUUGUUUGUUCCAGUAGUUAGGGAUGCAGACAAGAAGGGACUUGGUACAAUCGGUGAGGAGGUGAAGCAGUUGGCUCAAAGAGCAAGGGAUAACAGCUUAAAACCACAAGAUUACGAGGGUGGCACGUUCACAGUAUCAAACUUGGGAGGUCCUUUUGGAAUUAAGCAGUUCUCGGCUAUCAUAAAUCCUCCUCAGUCAGCAAUCUUGGCCAUUGGUUCUGCUGAGAAGAGGGUGAUACCAGGCAGCGCCGAUGGUCAGUACGAGUUUGGUUCCUACAUGUCAGUAACAAUGAGCUGCGAUCACAGGGUUAUUGAUGGUGCAAUUGGGGCGGAAUUCCUGAAAGCGUUCAAGGGCUACAUCGAGAACCCGACCACAAUGCUGCUGUAAAGUUAAGGAGGAUGAAACCUAUUCUUGUCGAGUUCUUGAAUAAUGCACAGAACGGCGCUGUCCCGUUUUACAUAACCUCGGUGCGGGGUCUCGUGGGACCUGGAACCAAGAGCACAGAGCAUCAAGCGAACACACAGGAUGACCUGUUUUUUGGAUUGGAAUGUAUUUUGUUCGGUUUCUUCCCAGGAAUGACCAGAUUGAUGUAGGUUUGACUUGCGUGACCUGUUGAGCUCAUUUUUUUGCGGGUUCUGUGCCACCGAGAAACUCCCGAUUAUAGGAUUUGCGUUUUUCCUAUAUACACGCAAAUUUAACGAGGAGGCUCAGUAAAUGUUUCAGAAUAAUAAUCUAUCUCUAUCUUGGAAGAAGCAACACUUUUGUGUAUAUUUA